AUGGCACCUGCCGGUGAUAUCGGCAGCCUGCACCACCUCCUCUUGUCGCGCCACGGCGGCCUCCUGCACCUGACGCCGACGCUGGACUCGUUCCGCCGCAUCCGGGAGGAGGAGGCUGGGAGGCUCUUGCGUUCCGUGGCCUACUCCUGCGCUGCCGGGCACGGCGGCAGCGCGGUGGUGGACAUCGGCGAGCGGGUGUGCCGCGCCAUGAACGACACCGUGGUGCGGUCGGCCGUCGGCGGGCGGUGCGCGCGGCGGGACGAGUUCCUGCGCGAGCUCCACAGGGCCGUGGUGCUCACCUCCGGCUUCAACCUGGCGCUGUCGGAGCUGACGAGGAACCCGCGGGCGAUGCGCAGGGCUCAGGCCGAGGUGCGGGAGGCCUUCAGGGGGCAGCAGAGGCUCACCGAGGCCGACACGGCGAGGCUGAGGUACCUGCCGCUGGUGGUGAAGGAGACGCUGCGGCUGCACGUGCCCGUGCCGUUCCUGCUGCCUCGGGAGUGCCGCGAGGCGUGCCGGGUGAUGGGCUACGACGUGCCCCGGGGAACCAAGGUGCUGGUCAGCGCGUGGGCGAUCGCCAGGGACGCCGCGUACUGGGACGACACCGAGGUGUUCCGACCGCAGCGGUUCGAGGGGACCGGCGGCGUCUACUUCAGAGGCACCGACUUCGAGUUCAUCCCGUUCGGCGCUGGCAGGCGGAUGUGCCCUGGCAUGGCGCUGGGGCUCGUCAACAUGGAGCUGGCGCUCGCGGGCCUCCUCUACCACUUCGACUGGACGCUGUCGGACGGCGACGGGAAGGUGCUGGACAUGAGUGAGGCGUUCGGUAUCACCGUGAAGAGGAAGUCCAAGCUCGUGCUGCGCGCCACGCCGCGUGCUCCAUGCUCAUAA